CUCAUGUUAUAGCAGGAAUUUGUGUGGGUAUCAAAAUUCUUUCGUUUUUUUCCUUUUUCUCAUUCAUUUACAUUCAAAAUUGUGAUGGACAGUUGAGGUUUGAAUUCAGAUACUAUUGGAAUAUAUGGAAGUUUCUGAAUUAAAUUGGUCAUUUUCAGAAAAUUAUCAACUGGGUUUGUUUCAAAAGUCUGUUCUUGAUCUGGGGUUUUCUCAAUUUCAUUCAUAAACUUGUAGCUCAUCUUAAUUUCUGAGUUUGUGAUCUGGGUUUUGUCUAUAAUUGAUCUGGGUUUUGCUGGUUUUGUGCAAUUUGAUCUGGGUUUUGUCAGAAUUUUACUGGGUAUAUCAUAAUUUCUGUGAUUAUCUUGUGUAAUCUGAGAAUAUUAUUUGGAGGGAAUUGAUAAUAAUCUUGUUCAGUUGUUAUAGCAAUUGAUAGAGUACCAGCUGUGCAAAUUUGGUGGUUGAGAAACUUGUGCUGUUAUUGUAUGUAAUUAAGGGUUUCGUGGAAACCGCCACAAAACGUGAAAGAACUUUUUUUUUUUACAUUAUAGCAGGAAACCGCUACUCCAAGUAGCGGUGAAGUAGCGGUUUAUUCCCAUAACACCGCUACUUCAAGUAGCGGUUUGUUACUGGACCGAUAAAAAAAAACUGAUUUUUUUUCCUUAGCUGACGUGGAUGGUAUGGUGGGAAUUAAAAAAAGAUUAGCUGUAAUUUGAGAAUUAGAUAAUUUCCCAACAAUAUUAAGGGAAAGGACUUAAAAUAUUUACUCAAAAACACAUUAAACUAUUUAUGUAAAAAGAAAACAUAAAUGAAAAAAAUUCUGGCCGUUGAUAAUUACAUAGAUCUGACCAUUGUCUAAACAUGCGUGUCACCUUUACGUAAUACUCCUUUCUCUGUCCUCCAUUGAAGAACUCUGAGUUCUCAAUUCAACCGGUUUCUCAACUUUCUCUCCUCCAUUGAAGCAGCUUAUGUGAGUUGGGCAAGGUGGUGGAGGCUAAGGGAGAAGGAGAGAGAGAGCGCGAGAAAGAAUGAGGAAGUGACAUUUGGAUCCCAAUGUGCUGUAAUGAGGAAGAGAUGUUUGUGGUUGUUGUCAAUAUGGAUGAUUUGCAUGGCGACGAUGCCCAAAUGCAUAUGACUGAGGCUGAGCAACAAAUGCAUGUACAUUAUAUGCAUGACCAAAGUCAUGAGAUGCAUCAUAUGAAUAAUGGGAAUGUGAUGGAGGAUGAUCAUGAUGAUGGUGUUACGGGUGUAGGUGAAGGCAUUGAUGGGGAGCUCCAUAAUGACCCUGGAAAUGUUUCUGAUACCCAUGGUGGAAUGAUGGUGGCUAAUGGCGAUAACAAUCAGCUAACUCUUUCGUUUCAGGGUCAGGUUUAUGUGUUUGAUUCAGUCUCACCUGAAAAGGUUCAAGCUGUACUUCUUUUGCUAGGGGGUCGUGAAGUUCCUUCAACUGUUCCUGCUCCACCGUUGACCUCUGUGAAUAAUAGGGGGGUGGCUCCCACACCACAGAGGUUCAAUGUCCCUCAAAGAUUGGCGUCACUACUCAGGUUUCGUGAAAAAAGAAAAGAACGCAAUUUUGACAAGAAAAUUCGGUACACAGUUCGCAAGGAGGUGGCUCUUAGGAUGCAGAGAAACAAGGGUCAAUUUACUUCUUCAAAACCUAAUCAAGAUGAGUCCUCCUCAGGUGCAACUAGCUGGGAAUCUAAUCAGAAUUGGGGUCCAGACGGACCUUUACCCAUACAACAAGAAGUCUGGUUGUUUGCAAACAUAUACGUUAGCUGCCGACAUUGCGGCACUAGUGAGAAAUCUACGCCAAUGAUGCGGCGUGGACCUGAAGGCCCAAGGACUCUUUGCAACGCUUGUGGACUUAUGUGGGCUAACAAGGGAACUCUUAGAGACCUUUCGAAAUCAGCAGUGCCGGGGGGACAGAAUCUUCCUUUUACUAGGAAUGAGGAGAAUGGAAAUUUUGAGGCCGGGCAAAUAAUGAGAGUUGCUGGAAAUGUUAGUGAUUCGGCAUGAUGACCUAUUUCAUGUGCAAUCAAUGCAGUUGUCGAAGUCACAUCAAAUUCUAGUGGACUGCUGAUCUUUAUUCCCUAUUAGAGGGUUAUCAGUUGGGCAUGGCGUGGAAGAUCAUUUGACGGGAUUAGCCUUGUAAUCUUGUAGUGUUAGAUUGAGGUUUGUUACCAAAAGCAGACGGAAUGUGUCCUCUUCUUGUACGCAAUUUCGAUUGUAUGAUAUUCUACAAUUGCAAUACUAAUUAUUUGCUGGAAAAGCUAAAGAGUUAGCCUCUUGCUCUUUUCGGAAAACUAGUUAUGAAAGAAGAUAACUUAUUACACAUUAUAGGAGAAAAAACAGUGCAAUGGUAAUUUUUCUAUUCAUUCAUGGCA